AUGGGCUUUCUCAGCCGCCUGCGCAAACGUUCCAAAAGUCUCGGCCGUGCGGGGAAAAGCAACGCCGUCAGUUACGACCAUCUCCGCACCCACGAUCCCCUUCCUCGCGUCCCCGUCAACAUCACCGGCGGCGAUCAUACCAAGAAAUUACCUCCCCAGGUGCUCGCUCGCAUCUUCGUCCACGUCUGCCCCCAUGCCAAUGAUGGCUCCUACGAAUCCUCCGAGGAAUCCAUGACCGAGGAUGGCUGCAUGCUCUGCGAUAUGCGCGAUCUGGCCCACUGCGCCCUGGUGUGCAAGCGCUGGUUUUUAGAAGCGCGGAGGUUGCUCUACGCCCACGUCCGCAUCGACCCCGUCCACUACUGCGAACUCGAGUUGGAAUUGGCCGCCAAGCGAAAACGUCGCUCGUUCUUCGAUCGCAAUGCCGACCCCAUCGACGCCCCUCAGGUCCGCCUGUCCCUCUUCAUGCAGUCCGUCCGACAGUCCCAGGGUUUAGGGAAUUUGGUUCUCUCCCUGCGCAUGCCCUAUAUGACCCGCGAGGCCACCAAGGCCGAAAUCGCCCGCACCAUCUCCGUGCUGCCCAAUCUGCGCUACGUGGACUUACCCGCCGGCAUCUUCAGCGACGACCCCUCCUGCCUCGCCCUGAAGCAGGAGCUGAUGGCGCGCUGUCCGGACAUCCGACGCAUGGCCUACCGCCACGGGGCCGAGGGCAGCUUCGCGCAGCUGUCGGGCACGCAUCUGUGGGGGAAUCUGGAGAUCUUGGAACUGCAGCGACUGCACGUCGAGCCGAACAUUCUGCGAUUCGGACUCGGCACGUUCCCGCGCCUGCGGGAUUUGACGCUAGACGAUCUGUCCUGGCUGGACGAUGCCUGCUUCGCGCCCUCGCAGGUCCUGCCGCCCUUCCCCGCCGUCGAGCGACUGACCAUCCGCGACUGUCCGGGCGUGACGGCCGACGGCAUCGUCGCGUACCUGUCCAUCCCCGCCCACCGCAAGGCGCUGCGGUACCUGACGCUGUCGAACACGGGGGUGGCGCCGUCGACGCUGCACCAGAUCCUCAGCGCGGCGCCGCAUCUACUGGUAUUGUCGGUCAUCCAGAACGUGUCGCGGUCCUUCCCGGCCGAGCAGAUCCCCCCGAUGGCGUCGCGCACGCUGGACACGAUGCACUACGAAGUCACCUCGGAGGCGGGCCAAUACGGCAUGCCGCCGAUGGCGUCGUCAUACUACACCUACCUCGUUUCGAGUCUCAUUUCCAACGCAUUACCGGCGCUCCGCGAGCUCUACGUGCGCGACUCGCACUUCCCCGAGACGCUGCUGCUGGCGCCCCCGCCUCGACUGUUCGGCGGCGGCGACGCGGGGCCGCAGAUGGGCACCGGCGGCGUGCUCACGCAACCGCUAAACGUGUACAGUAAGGGACUAGACGAGCUGGAAUGGAACUUCACGCCGUACGAGCCGCCGGCGACGCGAGGACGGCGAGACAGCACGACGCGACCGGUCAGUCUGCACGACGCGCAGCUGAGUCGGGCGUGGGGCGGAGAUGCGCGACGCAGCGUGUUGGUUGGGAACGGGUUCGGCGGGUUCCUGGCGGUGCCGGCGGACGAGGAGCGGCCGAAGAGCAGCGGGGGAUGGAGCAAGCGAGAUAGUCGACAGGAUCUAUGGCGGUAG